AUGUUGUCCUCUCACAACCUACCUGAACGGCCACGGCCCUUCAACUGUGCCUGCUCUUCGAGUCUUCAUCUAGAGCCCUACACCCAAGGUCUCGUGGAACUGCUCCGUAUCUUCCACCUCCUGAGUAUCCCCCAGCUUACCCCAUCCACGCCUGAUCUACGUUCCGCGCCUCUUGUUCGCAAUCCUCAGACGACGGUACUGGAUAUCGAUGCCCCCGACUCGUCCCCCUCAUUCUGCGACGUCGACCGAGACAUCGCAUCGUCGUUGUCCGCAUCAACAGCAUCGUCAGCGUCGUCGCCCCAUUCCGCAGAAGAAGGCGCCUUCUGGCUAUGCAUCAGCACGAAAUUCUCGUCCUCAUCGAACUCCAGCGUCAUGCUUCCGAGAUCCCCGCUCAUACCAAGCGUGCCAUCCGGACUCGGAAUCACCCUCGGCGAGCGGACCCCUCCCGAUCUCGCGCUCAAGCCGCUCCGAACCGUUGCUCAUCCCGUCACCAAUACCGGCAGCCAUGCGCUAUACAGGCAGUGGACUUCUGAACGAGCUUGGAUUGGAGCCAGACGCGCCCUUCGGUAA